AUGAAUUCGACUUCUGGAUCCCAAGUCGUUGAACUCGGGGAAGUGGUAGUAGAACCAAGAUUCAAAUAUUCUAGAGUGAUCAAAGACGUCCAUUCUUGCUUAGAAGGGUCCUCGGCUUCAUGUGUUGCCGUCCACGAUAAAUUUCUGGCCAUCGGUUUCAGUUCCGGCCACCUCCGAUUGUUUGAUCAUCUCGGUUACGAACACUUCAAAAACAGCCUCAGGAAACAUAAAUCCUCGGUUACUCAAGUUGCCUUUGAUACACAAGGGAGUUAUCUGAUUAGCUGUUCUAAUGAUUCUACUGUCUCUAUUCAAGGGAUUGGGUCUUCUGAACACAAUGAGGUCCUUAAAGUCUGUCCGGCUGCCAAGAGUGUCGCUUUAAGUGAGGAUUUCUGUAAAAGAGGAUCUGGUCAGAAAUUUGUGAGUGGAGGACAGAUGCUGAUUAUGUAUGAGAAAGGAUUCCUGGGCAAAUAUAAAGGUCUGGUAGGUAAUCGAAUAAAAAUAUUAUAUUGUUACAGACCUUAUUCCAAGGAUUAGAUCGGGAUGGAUUCAUUUCUUGUUGUUCUUGGAGGGGCUCGUUACUGGCAUUUACAAACGAUACGGGAACUCGGGUUUAUGAUUGGUAAGUGAUUGGGAAAGAUGGCAUAUUCGUUAUUACAGUACCCUUAAGAGGAUGAUAUCUCUUGUACAACCGUCGCAUCUUCAUGAAACCUUUUUCUCUUCUCGGUUCCUCCCCCGGCACUGUUGGAUUGAUCCUGUAACACUUGUUAUUGCCUGGGGGAGUACAGUCACAAUAUGUAAAGUGACUUCUCAAUCCAAUGUAGGUCUUUGGAACUUUAAUGUUAUCCUCUAGGAAAAGAAUGGGUUGUCCAUGAAGAAGGUGGAGAUCCAAUUCAUGUGGUCUAUCCCUGAUGUUUUUAUUUCUGGAGUUAGUUUUACUGUAGCCGACCCAGCCACAUCUUCAAGUCGGACUUGGGAAGAGAUAGUAGUGUUCGGGUUGACGAUUGAUAACGCAGAGAAUGAAGAUGACUCGGAAAUGGUCGACGAUUCAAUGGUGAGCCCGUUAUUGAAAACAUGAUUAUUUUUUCAGUCGGUAAUCUCCGAUGUGUCAAAUAUUACUGCUUUGGCAACUUUGGCCUGUAAGAAAACAAACGCACAAUUACUUUUGAUGAAGCCUUUGGAUUCAAGCAGUUACAUUGUAAUAGCUGAUGACAAAUGGAAGAUGAGAAACUCAGAUCUGAGGUUCCUGAAUAAGUUUUCUUUGGUUGCCCUGCCUUCUGAUUCGAUGUAUUUUCUCCUAGGGCCAAGGGAAUUGAUCGAAGUAAGAAUUUAUACCUUUACGCCACUGCUUUAGGCAAGUCCCUUCUCAACUGACGAUCGAGUUGAUUGGUUUUUGGAGAAUAAAUAUUAUGCAGAGGCUCUGGAAUGUGCCUUGAAGGAUAAGGAAGCUUUGCAACGGCACUCUGUAUCGGAUAUUGGGAGGCUAUUAAUCCGCGAUCUUAUCGAACAGGGAAUGUUUUCAAGAGCUGCCAAAAUUUUGCCUCAGGUAUGGAAAAAUAUUUUUUUUAGAAUGUUAAAUACAAGUUUUGGUAGGGUUGUUAAGUCAACUUGACGCGUCAAUCACGUUGCCAACUUGGCGUCCUUUUCGUGAUGUUAAAUUGAUCUGUCAUUUUGAUUGUCAAAUUGAACUUUUUCGGAAAAUUUUUAUUGAUUAUCCUAAAAAAUCGUAAGAACAGUCCUGAAAUUUUUAGCUCGCGCUUUGCAAGCGCCACCGAGACAUUGAACCAUUUUUGCCGCGGAGAGAGUACGCCUAACGCGGAGAGCGGUCAGAGAAAAAAACAUUUUUGGCCAUAACUUUGGCAGUUUCGUGCGGAAAAAUUGAUUUUUUGUGGAAACAUUUCCCUUUACGGUAGAAAUAGGUAUUUUCGUGCCGAAAUUCGACAAAAAGUCCUAAAUUUUCGCCGAUUCGAUCUAAAAAUCUCGGCUGUUUCUGCAAAGCGCGAGCUAGGAUUCUCGCAUAUAUUUUAGAAAAAUUACUCUAAAUCUGUGCCAAGUUUCGUCAAAAUCUGAGCGUCGCACUUGGGGUACUUCCCCUGUUAGCUAAAAUGACGGAAAUUUGACAUAAUUUGACGUCAUUUUGGAAAAUUCUGUCAGAAUAACAACCCUAAGUUUUACCCAUUAUUAAUUGUAAGUAAAAAGAGAAUUUUUUGAAUCUAUGAACAAUCAAUUUAGAUAUGUGACCGCGAAAAAAUGGAAUGGGAAUAUUAUGUAACCGAGUUUGAGAAAUACGGAGAGAUCCUCAAACUGAUCCCUUAUCUGCCCUUAGGUUAUCCACAAUUGGAACCCGAAUGUUAUGAAUCCGUCCUAACCGCCGCUUUAUAUUCCAAAACAAAUUUAUUCAGAAAGCUCGUGAUAGAAUGGAAUCCAGAUAUCUACAGAGCUGCUUCGAUCAUUGACAAAGCCCUCAGGCGAUUGAAUGCUGACAACAAUUUUACUGUAGACCAGGCAGUAAAGGACAAAAAAGACGAUUUGAUUAAUAUUUAUCAAGCCUUGGCUCAUUUGUUUGCCUAUGUUCGCAACUUUGACAAGGCUCUGGUGAUAUACUUGUUGCUGAAAGACAAGGCCGUUUUUGGAGUCAUCGAUAAAUAUCAUUUGUUUCCCAUGGUUAAAGACAGAAUUGUUGAGUUGAUGGAUAUUAAUGCUGAUUUAGCCAUCAGACUUUUGUUGGAUAACGAGGAUUCGAUUCCAGCAAAACAAGUUGUUACUCGACUGAGUAAACAUCCGAAGCUGCAGGUGGGCAAUAUGUUAUACAUGAUUAUUCUUAGAUGGCAUAUUUGAAUCGACUUUAUUCUCGAGGGGAAGGUAUUGAAUAUGUGGAUCUGAUGGUUAAACUCUUUGCCGAAUAUGAUCGUCCAAAACUGUUGUCAUUCUUGAAGAAAGCAGAGAGUUACAAAAUAGACUUGGCUUUGGAAAUCUGCAGAAAAAAGAAUUAUAUAAAUGAAGUGAGGCUGAGCCGGUAAUACUUUAAUCUUCUUUAUAGGCAGUGUUUCUAUUGGGACGCAGCGGAAAUAGAUUGGAAGCUCUGGAUUUGAUAAUGAAAUCGAGUAAGGACAUACAGAUGGCUAUUUCCUUCUGUUCUGAGCACGAAGAUGACAUUGAACUCUGGGAUCGGCUGAUCGAUCUGUCUUUGGAUAAUCCUCAACAUAUAACCAAGAUAUUAUCAACUGCAGGGACCUUUAUUGAUCCACUGACUGUCAUCGAAAAGGUUUCAAAAAAAAAUUAAUUCAAAUUCCUGAUUUCUUUCUAGAUGCCAAUUCAGAUCGAGAUCCCCGGACUUCAAGAUCUUCUUUUAAAAAUUCUGAGAGAUUACGAGCUGAAGGUGAAUGUCCUGAGGGAUUCAUCGAGGAUAACUUCAGAUGAUAUGUUCAGGAUCUUUUCGAAAAAAGUGGAGGCCAAUAUCAGUUGUACUGGGAUUGGUUCGGACAAACGUUGUGAUAAUUGUGGGUAAGUAUUGUGUGGGAAAUGACGUAGUUCAAUUUAAGUGAGCUGAUCUGUCGUCCAUCAAACCAAGGAGAUCUUUUGAUUUUGUGCUGUCAUCAUGUGGUCCACGAAGGUUGCAUUGGCUCAGGUUUUAGAUGUCCCGUGUGUAAUUCGGUGAGCAUUAUCUCACCCUCGGCCCCCGUCCCUAUCGGAAAAAGGCACCCCAUCUCUUCGAAUCCCUUCGGGGACUUCUGA